GUUAGUCACAGUACGUUCAGAUCUUCUGUCUACGUGAAAACCUCGACUAGCACUUAUAACAUAUUUCAUUUUUCGGCUCAUGCACGCCGCUAUUUUUGUGCCGAGUUGUAGCUUUUCUAGCUGGUUCACCCCACGAGCCUUUAUAUCAUCCGGAGAAGCUGCAGGUUCUUGUCAGGUAAUUUCUAUCCGCCGAACAAGACAACCAUCAUGGAAGAAGACGAGCAAAAAGUAGCCAUUAUGCGAAAAGCAUUUCAAAUGUUUGAUACGUCAAAGUCUGGUUUCAUUGACACUAUCAAAAUUUCAACAAUAUUAAAUACAAUGGGCCAACUAUUUGACGAUGCAGAAUUAAAUGCAAUAAUAGAAGAAAAUGAUCCUGAUCAUGUAGGAAAGGUGAACUUUGAUGGUUUCUGUAAAAUUGCCGGAAGAUUUCUAGAAGAAGAGGAUGCUGAAGCUAUGCAAGAAGAAUUGAAAGAAGCGUUCCGUCUUUAUGACCGUGAAGGAAAUGGAUAUAUCACCACAGCUACUUUAAAAGAAAUUUUAGCUGCCUUGGAUGAUAAGUUAACAAGCUCUGACCUCGAUGGCAUAAUAGCUGAAAUCGAUACUGAUGGCUCAGGAACAGUGGAUUUUGACGAAUUCAUGGAGAUGAUGACAGGCGAGUAAAUUAUCUUAGGUAUUUUCUUAGGAAAUUGUUUCAAAAGACACAAAAUCUCAUCUGGAUCCUCUACUUUACAUUCAUUAAUGAUAAAGUAAAUUAUACAAUACCAUCAAGUAUUUUUUUUUGUUCUCUAUAGCCACUAUAAUAUAAAAUCAUUUAAUGUUUAAUUAACAUAUUUAUACUUCAUAAU